AUGGCGCGGGGAGGAGACUCGCCGCUCUCGCGCCUCGGGGCGUAGUGCGCAGGCGCGAAGCCUUUCAACGGUUUCCCGCUGAAGCGCCAGCUGCGUGGUUUCGCUUUCUGUUCCUGAGGUGAGUGGCGUAGAAGGAAAAGGGGAGAAUUAGGUCGCCUGCUUUCUUUAAUUUUUAUGAGUUUCAAGAGGUAAGCCUUAACUUAUUAUUGUUAUUGUUGUUAUUAUUAUUGUUAUUGUUAUUAGUGAAAUUCAUUGGACUCAUUUUCUUGCCGCUAAGCGUCUUUACAAAAACAACCCCCCCCCCCAACGUUCAAUAAAAAGCAAGGCGAGGGGUUGAGGGGGGGAUGAGACAUUAAAGAGGAAACAUUUGCCUCAUUAAUAACGCAGGGAGCCCUGUGUCAGGCCCAGGGCAGACUAGAAAGAGGGCAUAGCUAGAACUAUGGAAGCGGCUUCCGAAAGAGGCUGGGAUGUUUUUAAAAAGAGGGUAAGGCCACGACAAAAGAAGGUAGGAUACAGUAACGAAUGGUGUAUGCGGAAAUGGCGAAACUUGCCAGAAGAAUGAGAAACCGGGAGAACAGAAGGGAAUGGAGGUGGUUUAUUGAGUAUUUACAAAAAAGGAAACAGAUUAAGACAUGGGCAGGAUUAUUAGUAAAACCUACAGUGUUUUUUUAAUUAUAUACAUAAAAAGGUAAAGGUACCCCUGCCCGUACGGGCCAGCCGUGUCCGACUCUGGGGUUGCGCGCCCAUCUCGCUUAAGAGGCCGGGGGCCAGCGCUGUCCGCAGACACUUCCGGGUCACGUGGCGAGCGUGACAAGCUGCAUCUGGCGAGCCAGCGCAGCACACGGAAACGCCGUUUACCUUCCUGCUAGUAAGUGGUCCCUAUUUAUCUACUUGCACCCGGGGGUGCUUUCGAACUGCUAGGUUGGCAGGCGCUGGGACCGAAAGAUGGGAGCGCACCCCGCCGCGGGAAUUUGAACCGCCGACCUGACGAUCGGCAAGUCCUAGGCGCUGAGGUUUUACCCACAGCGUCACCCGUGUCCCUGCCAAUUAUAUACAUACCUAUAUAUAUAUAUAAUUAGUAGAUACACACGUACAUAUGUGUGUGUGUGUGUGUGUGUAUAUAUAUAUAUAUAUAUAUACACACACACACACACACAUAUAUAUACAUAUACAUGCAUAUGUAUAUGUAUUUGUAUAUUUUUAUGUGUACUGUGUAUAUGUGUGUGUGUGUGUGUGUGUGUGUGAAUGUGUAUGUGUAUAUAUAUAUGGUAUAUCUUAGAAUAGACAGAUAAAAGAAGUAAGUUAAGACAAUUUGAAGUAUGCAGGAAAAGAUGAAAAUAAAUGUAAGGAACUGCAGAAAGAGGGGGAAGGGAGUCGAAAUUGAAAAUGUUACAAUUUCAAAAAUACUUGUAAAGUAUAUAAAUGGAAAAUAAAAAUUGAUUUAUUUUUAAGAAGAGGGUUAGGCAAAUUCAGAGGAUAAGGUUACCAGUGUCUAUUGGUCAUGAUGCCUGUGUUCUUCCUGCACUAAUCAUUAGUCGUCUCCUCCCCCCCCCCAGCAUUGUAACCUGAUAAGGGCUUGUUUAGGUAUAAUUAGGAAAAUACAUGGGUAGUAAAUCAGGGGGUGGUAGCUGAUGGGUCUCGAACCAUCAGUGAGUUAGGGACUGUCCCUACAUGCAAAGACAGGCUCUGGCAGAUUGAGUGGAUGAGACCAAUAGUGGGUCCAGUGGAAAGGUGGUUUCUGUAUGUGUUGUAGAGGGACAUGAGGGGCAGAUGUGUGUUGUCAACCUGGGAAGGUUGGCUAUCUAGGAGAAGGAAAACUCAUAUCCUAAAGCUCUGCUGCCUUUCAGGAGAUCUUCAGGAGAAGAAAAGGCAUAAGGAGUAAACUACACAAAUCCGGAGUGUAGAGUGCAUAGUUAUUUCUUUCUUUCAACAAAAAUUUAACUCAUAGCAGCCUUUGCUUGCUCACCCAAAACCAGGAUGCAAGGCUCAUUUUCUGUUUAGUUGAUAAACCCUCACAUGGUCAGGCUCCUCGAGGCAGCUGAAGUGCUGGCUCAUUGGCCCAUGUAAGAGAGGUGGUGGGGCAUUCAUGGACUCUGCCUGUCCAUGUUGCUCUGGCUGUAGAUAUUCAGUAUCUAAAUAUCCUAUCUAGAUAUUCAGUGCAAGGUACUGUACUGCGUAUUUCAGUGCCAAUCAAGUUGUGAUACAACGGAACCAAAGCCUUAAUAUGAGAACCAUGGAGUGUACAUUACAAAAGAAAAAAGUGCAAGAACACAUGCCAGGUAAAAAAUGAUAAUUUAAAUUAUUGGCAUCUCCAUUAUAAAGCAUAAAUUAAAAAAAACCAAGCAGCCUAAUUUUGUGCAUAUUGACUUAGAAGUAAUGUUCAGUUACUCCCAUAUGGCAAUCAAAGGAAAAUUCCUUUGGUUUAAAGCUGGAAAGUGCAGGCUUAUGAAAUCUGCUUUUUUAUUAUUUGUUAAUUGCAUUUAUAUUUCACCUUUUUCUCCAAGGAGCACAAGGUGGCAUACAUGGUUCUUUUCAUUUAACCCCCACAAAAUGUAGAGGGAGGUUAGGCUAACAGGCAUAUACUCUUAACAGAAUAAAACUUAACAACUACAGUAAAGCCUCUCCUCUUCCAAGAGGGGAGGUGUUGUGGGCGGGACGCGAUUUCUGCGUCACGCAGGGGGCAUUACACCCCCUGCCCCACUCACCUGGCUGGCACACCACGCCCACAGGUAAGCGCCCAACUGGGCGGCUUGGAGGGGGCGUGGUUUGCAGUUUAAUUUACUGCUGUGCCAGCCAUUCCGCCUCAUUUUCCGCCUUCUCGUUGCGAGUCAGCUAGGAGUCAUCGCAGGGAAGAGCUCAGCCACGAGGUUUGGAGUCGGGGGUGUGUGUGUGUGUGGAGGCUUCUUGGUUCCUGGCUUGCCUUUUAAAUUUAGGAGGCUUGCGUGCGCUCAUUGCUUUACUGCUUUUAAAAACCCAGGCAUCCAGGUUUGCUAUCUGCGUUAGUUUUCGCAAGCUGCCUUGCUGCGUCCUCAUUUCCAUAUAAAAACCUACAUUUAACCUUCUAUUUCCCCCCACUCCUGGCAUGUGGGCUCUCCAGUUUGUUUGUUACCUUUCUUAAGCUGCAGCUUGUUCCCUUGCCCAGCACGUGGUCUCUCCGCCCCCAGCGAGGUGUGAGUGUGGCUCCGUCUUUCUUUCUCCCUCUUCUCUUCGCUGCACUGUGCGUUUUCUCUCCCCAUGCAUUUUUCCUUCCCCUGCCUCUGCCUUGGUGGCUGUGCGUUUUAUUUUAAUUUUUGGCCAGGGUGCUUGUACGUUUUUCCCUCUAUUGCCGUUGCUCGUCCGAUUGCAUGGCUGGUCUGGGUGACUGAGUGGGUUUGCCUUACAUUUUAAUUUGUUGGCCAGGGUGCUUGUACGUUGAAUACUAUAAAAUAAGGAAACAUUUAUUAUAUAGUUUCAUUAACUUUCCCUCCACUUCCCCAACAUUACAGCGCCAGAAAUUUGCCAGAUUUCUGAUGAAAUAUUUCCAAAAGAAUUUCUGUAAGCACAGAGGCCAAUAUGUCAAAGAGAAAAGAGAGAAGCUUUUCAGCACCAUCAUCUGAAAAAAGACCUAGGCAAGCCACAUUCGAUUCUGAUGAUGACCCUAACGAAGAGGAGUUGUCACAGCUACAGAGUGACAGCGGUUACUACUCACAGCCGGUAAGCAAUUUGUCCCACAAUGUGGUUUUAUAUUAUGCCUGAGAGAAAAAUGAAACUAUUGAUGAUCAGACAAGCAUUGGGGGGGGGGGGGGACAUGUAAGUUAAGCACCUGUGCUAGGAGAAGGUAAGUACUAUCUACUGAUAGUAAGUACUAAAGCUGGAAUAGGGGAUUGCAUGCUUGGAGCCAGAUUUCUACAUCUCCUUAAUUACCGCUUAUUGUCAGCUUUUGUUAUAACCAUUCCCAGGGGUCUUUUAAGUUUCCAUUAACUUGAGAGCCUGCUUUAAAAGUUGAACUCUCACCUGUCUGCGACAGAAGUUGGUGGAACUUAGCCAUGGGUAGAAAAGUUAAGUACCUUUGAGGAGGAGGCCAUGCCAGCCAACCCUCUCCCUUUUUUAUCUUACAGAUUUAAACUUUCAUACCGAAUAAGCCCAGUAAACAAAAAACAGAUAAUGAAAGGUUAGAAGCAAGGGUGUGGGUACUAUGGCACAGUGUAUGUAUGACUACCUGCUUGCAGGGUGCAAGUUGAGUAUGCUCUGUGCAAUGAACUCUUCAAAACCAUUAAGAAUGAUGCCUUAUGCUGAGUCUGGUCAUUGGUCAGUCUGUGCACCCCAGAGCAUCUGUAAGGAAGGAGGUAGUUUUUCAAGUACAGUAGUACCUUGGGUUACAUACGCUUCAGGUUACAUACGCUUCAGGUUGAGAACAGAAAUCGUGCAGCAGCGGCAGCAGGAGGCCCCAUUAGCUAAAGUGGUGCUUCAGGUUAAGUACAGUUUCAGGUUAAGAACAGACCUCCAGAACGAAUUAAGUACUUAACAUGAGGUACCACUGUAUUGUAUAUGGAACACCAGAUAUUAUGGUAAGUGUGGCUUGACUGAAACUGCCUUGCACGUGACAAAAAUGCACAGGAGUUCAUUAUUACCUGCUCACUCAACUUCCUUAUCCCUGGGCCUAAAGUGGAUACUUUCAGGCAAAAUAUCUCUUUAUAUUUCGUUAGUUGCACUUGGGCUUUACCAUUGCUCUCACGUUUUUUAGGGAGACUCAUUGGACACAGUUUGUGAUCUGCUAUUUAGGCUACUACUUUAAUUGUGUGGGGAAAUGGCAAAUGAGAGCUGAAUGUUCUGCUAGUAAGGAUUAUUCAGACACCCCAUGGUAUUGUUAAAAAUAUGCAAGCAUUGUGAUGAUCUGUGACUUUCUGUUUGUGUACAAAAGAUGGGUGAUCAGUUUUAAACAUCUUUGUAAUGUAUCUCUAGGUGUCAGGAGAAGUUGGAAUAAUUGAAAGUAUCCAGCUGAAGAAUUUCAUGUGCCAUUCAAUGCUGGGCCCCUUCAAAUUUGGACCCAAUGUCAAUUUUAUAGUUGGAAAUAAUGGAAGUAAGUUUUUAUUUAUUAUUUUAAAUCAUAUGGAAAAUUAUAAUAUUGGCAUUUCUUCCAUUCUGUAGCAUAUUUCUUUUUUAUCAAUUUCUAAUAUACCAGUUUUUCUGAACAAAAAGCAGAAUAGAACACUAAUAAAAUACAUAUAAAAGAUUACAAACAAUAAAGAAGCAAAUUUAGUACCUCUCAAACAAUAACUAAGAUACAUAUGAGAGAUAAGAUGCUUGGAGAGAAGGAACAGCAGAAGAUUAUGGGGAAGGGGGAAAAGAAAACCCCCAAAUCAAAAAGAGAACAUUAUUCUUAUAUGUAUUUAAGCGUUUCUUUGGAACACAGAAACUGUGUUUUAUCAGGUCAGACUUGACUGUCAUGUCCAGUGUUGUACAUUGUAGCUGACAGUAGCUCUCUAGUCUCAGGCAUGCUCUUUCACAUCAUUGCCUAUCAGAAACUAUAUUGCAUUACAUGGACUUUUUGCCCUACUGUUCAUAUUUUUCCUCUCUCCCUACAAAUAAGUUUGAGCCUGUAUCAGAAGAGGGCAAAACAAUCAGUUAGGCUCUUUUCCACAAAAGCUUAUAACCAAAUGAAUUUCACUAAUGAAAUUUAUCUUAUUAUUUUGCAGUUAUUUCUAUUGAAUCAUUGAACAGAAUAAGAAUCCUCUAUUUUCUAACUUUACCUUGCUAAUUUUGCAGUGAAUAUGUUGACACACUGAGUUAUCAUCAAAGCCCACUUUGUGACUGUCAAAAAAAGCAUUAGCAGUAUGUACUCAUGCUCCUCAGUUGAGCUUUUCCAGUUGGUUCAGGGCCUCCUGACCCACAAGAUGUGAAAGAACCAUCAAUGGCUUGCUGCGAUAUAUUUGUGUAACACUUAAGAGAAUGCUAGUUACAAAAUUCUUGUAUUUAUUUCAUAAAAUGUAUGGGUCACUUUUGUAAAAAAUAGAAAUUAAGCUAUAUGAUGCAAUUAAUACCAAUACAUUAUUAAAGUGUACGUUAAAAACCCAGUAAUGCAACACAUUUUCACAAUACAGCAGCAAAUAUGAAACAAAUGAAUAUUGAAGCUAUAGCUGACCUAGUCUCUCAUGAGAAAAAGUGUCAUUGAGUUAUUUCUACCCAAGAGUGUUUUUAUGUUAUGUGAUCACAUGCUUUAUAACCCAAUAGCUUCUUUAGGAAUGGUCUUUUUAAAAAAGAAAAGAAUAAGAGCCAUUUUUUGCUGCCUUAAAAAUAGCUUGCCAACUAUUAAGAGCUUAAUAAAUGUUGCUUCAUUCAGGUGGGAAGAGUGCUGUGUUAACGGCCCUUAUGGUUGGUCUUGGAGGAAAAGCUACAGUGACAAAUCGAGGAACAUCUUUGAAAGUAUUUGUGAAAGAUGGACAGAGGUAAGUGAAAAUCCAGUAUUAAGGCAGAACGAGUAAGAACAGUACCAGGGAUGGAGGGAAGAAUUUCCUGUUCCUCCAGAAAUACUCUGCAAUCUUUGAGGCCAGUGUCAGGCAGUGAGAUCUCUGCAAGAGUAAUACAUAUUAGCUAGCUACCUACACCAACCAUUUGUGGUGUCAGCAAUCUUUGAGGCCAGUGUCAGCCAUUUGUUAGUUCCCAGGAGAGGUUAAUCGUAAGUCUGUACAACUCCUCCAGUCCAUCUUGGAAUUGUUGCAGUCUGCAGACGUUACGGCUUGAGUGUUAGGUUAUGCCUUUUUUCUUACCCUGCCUCCUGGUCUAGAAACAUUGGGCACUGUUUACUGAUAUUUGUGCUCAUUUUUACAAAGGUGUUGCGUACUGUGGAUUAAAAAUAAUAUCUUCCUUGGCAUAAGGCUUAGAGUACUUAUUUAUUAUUUCAUAAAAUACACUACAUGAUUGUAAAGAAGCUCAAAGCGGUUUACAAAAAAGAUAAAACAAUAAAAUCAAGAAAAAUGCACAGCCAUGCUUUUAAACAUACAAAAAGUUAAAAUACUAAAACAGAUUAAAAUCUCAACUUCUAAGCUCCUGGGUAGGCUUGUCUAAACAAAAAUGUUUGUAGCAGGCACCAGAAAGAGUACAGUGAAGGUGCCUGCUUGAUCUCAAGAGGCAGGGAGUUCCAAAGUGCAGUUGCUGCCACACUUAACAGCUGCGGAAUGGGUCUAAUAUGGCACCUGUAGUAUUGCCAAUUCUGCCGAUUGAAGCAGUCUAGUGGGCACAUGUUGGGUAAGGCAAUCUCAUCGGUGACCUGGUUGCAAGUUGUUAAGGGCUUUAUAUGCUACUGGCAACACCUUGAACUUGGUUAAAAAGAUAAUUUCUUGAAUUUACAUGUUAAUUAAAAUCAGCUCAUUUUUUGUCUUCAGUUCUGCAGAUGUUUCAAUAACGCUGCGAAACCGAGGUGAAGAUGCGUUUAAACCACAGCAGUAUGGUGACUGUAUCACCAUCAGUCAACGCAUAAACUUGGAAGGACAUCGUAAUUACAAACUGAAAAGCAGCACAGGUACUUUUAAUUUUUAUGAAGUAUUCAAAGAAGCUCUAUUUUUAGAAGAAACGUGAGGUGAGCUGCCUUUCUUAAAUACAGUAAGCCCAUAGCUUGUGUGCAUUUAACUUGUAUGCAUUCAGGCUUACCUGCAUGGCAAUUUUUUGAACAAAAUGAAAAAGGGGGUGGGGUUCUGGGAAAAAUGAAGUUGACAAUCCUACCUGACAUUGAACCUAUUGACUCUGCAAUUUUAGGCGUGAUCCCUAGAACGUAACCCCCACAUAAGUUGUGGGCCUCCUGUAUCCUCUUGUAAAUGUUGGUAUAACAUGAGCAUGCAGAUACCUUGUAUUGCUCAAUAUUUUUUUUGUUGGACUGCUUUGGCUUGCUUCAUCAUUAGCAAGGGUAAUGAUAGGAUUGUGUCUGCAUUAUACUGGUGUCUACCACGACGUUGUAGGCAUAGUAAUAAGUCCGAAGGAUUGGCCUGGUUUUUCACUCCUCAGGCUUCCCUGUCAAUGUUACUAGUCCAUCUGCAUGCCCCAGCCUGAUCAUUAGUAUUAGAUCAGUUUUAAUCUAAAUUGUACAUAGGGAAGCUCAAACAAUUUCUUAAAGGGGCACACUAGGAAAACUCAGGAUUGUUUCUCUUCUUCUUUUUGUCAGAUUGUCUUCCUUGGUGCGAGUCUUCUUCUCUAUUCUCUCCCCUAUCAUGCACUUUUGCGGUUGUUUAAAUAAAAAAGGCAUUUCAAUUUUGUUCCUCCUCCAAGUCACCUUCUGUGUCCCACUCUUCUUGCUUUGCAUGUCUCCCUCUGGUGCCAUGCCCUACCCCCCUUUGUUAUGACUUCACAGAGGAAGGGGAAAGUGUAGAAAUCCACUGCCUUGCUAAACAUAAACAUGUGAUAAAGCAACAGGAGAAAGCCUUGGCAGUAGCUGCAGAGCAAGCUCCUCUGGCCCUUCCUCUACUAUUGCAGUACAAGUUCAUAAAAAAGCAGCAGUGCUUUCCACGGUACAUUAGUUGUCCUGGCUGUAGCCACGGCCAGAGAGUUGAUUUGCCCUCCAAACUCAGUGGUAUGGCCUGGUUGUGCCUCACGAAACCUGAACUGCUGAAGUAUUUUGCACGCGCGCGCACGCGCACACACACCCACACCCAUCUCCUAGAGAUGUCUUUCUCGAACAUUCAGCUUUGCAUAGGCCCAGACUAUACUGGCUUUUUCUUUUUCCUCCUUUGUUCAAAUUUUGGUCCUGCUGAUAUUCUCCCCUCCCGAUUACUAAGGAGUUCUAUAAAAGGCCAGCCACAGAACAGAACUAAGGAAACAGUAGAAGUAGAGGUCUCCAGGGGGAAAAUCUGGUCACACGGUUCCUGCAGUCUGAGCAGUAGGAGGGAUCAUGGUCCAUUUGGGCACCAAGACAAAGCAACAUCCUGGACAUUUUUAGGGGGAAUGGAGGGUAUAUAAAUGCAAUAAAUAUAAAUAAGUGUUCAUUCUCAGCACCAAUAUUCUGUUCUACACUAAAGGUAUAAUUUAAUUGGUGUUACAUAGUAAUUUUAAAAAUCUGAUUAUGGUUUAUUCUCACUUUUAUAUUCAGGUGCCAUAAUUUCAUCCAAGAAGGAAGAACUUACUGCCAUCCUAGAUCACUUUAAUAUCCAGGUACGUCUAAAUUUGUUUACUUCUACAUAUAACACCUAAUAGAUGAUUUUUAAAAAUUGAUUUGAUUCUCUUUGCUUAAGGGUGUGUAGACAGUUACUGCAGCUUAUGAUUCCUCCCCUCCUUGAAUUGAAGCCCCUAUGCUCAAACUCUUAUAGCAACUUUUUGUGCGUCACGAGAAACUGGUUUUGGGUGGUAGUGACUGAGUGUAUUGUCAAAAGGUUCCUCUGGGUGUACUGUUUGCAGUGCAGUUCUCUGGAUUGUGGCCAGUGGUUAUGUGGAAUUUGCAUUUUAAAAACAAACUUGCCUGUUAAAGCUCUUCUGACAUCCUGUUUCAGUGAGCCGUUUGUGACUUCUCAAAUUCUUAAAAUAGUAAAGGUGCCGUAAAGGAAAAUCUUCAUGAACUUUUAUGUAGUUAAUUAAAAGCCGUUACGCUUGAGAUACUGUUACAACCAUAAUAAUAAUUUAUCUUGUCUUGCAAUGGAUGUUGAAGAGAAUUUCUGAAUUUCAAGUGACUGCUUACUUAAAUAUUGACUACUUGCCAAAGCUAAACAAAAUAGUAAGUGACUUUUGUUGUUGCAGGUGGAUAAUCCUGUAUCUAUACUCACUCAGGAAAUGAGCAAACAGUUCUUGCAAUCUAAAAAUGAAGGUGACAAAUACAAGGUAAACAAAACUACCAUAUGAUGUUGUCGGUAAUCCAUUGGGGAGUGUAUGGGGUGUUAGUAGAGGGGUAGUACCUCUGGUGGGGGACAUGUCGUGCUUCUUCUGGGGUAGUUUGUCCACCUUUGGUCCCAACCCUCCUAGAAGCUGUCAGUAUGCCCAGCUGGUUCCAAACAUAUUGUUCUGUUUUCCUUUGGACCACAUCAGCACAGCCGAGGGAGGGGGGCCUUGUUGUCUGGGCAGCUCAGGACCUCCAUUCGCACUGCCUAGGCUUGUGCCCCAAGGAGGUCACUUCAGUGCUGCUAAUGACUUCACCCUUGGAAGCACACUCCAUUGUCUCUUGAGACAAAUAGAUACCAACAAAUCCAUUGGAGAUGACCCUUCCUUGUUUUGAGAAGCACAGCACACCACUCUAAGGAAUGGAAAGUCUAUGUGUGCUCUUCUUAUUCAGAUUUUGAGCAGCUUGAAGGGCUUGAUGGGUAUAUUGGAAGCAUGCACAAAAUUUACAUUUAGUGGAUAGCCAUGGUGCUGCUUCUAUAUGUUCUUAUCGUGCACAUGUUGAGUGAGGUGGGUGGAGCAGGUAACUAGGGCUUUAAUAAAAUGUGUAAGUAUAAAUGGACUGCAUUCAUAAUUCUUAGUCUUUUAGAAAGUCAGUUAUAGAACAUGAACUUGUGUUUUCUUGCAUUAGUUCUUUAUGAAGGCAACACAGUUGGAGCAGAUGAAAGAAGAUUAUGCAUACAUUAUGGAAACCAAAGCAAGAACUCAUGAUCAGAUUGAACAAGGAGCAAAGGUAUUAUAAACAAUAAUGUUAUGUUUCCCAGGCCCACAUAUUGGACUGUGAAACUCCACUUCCCCCAGCCUUUCAUACUGGUUCUAGGUUCACUGAGAAGUGCUAAAAUAAGAACAGUAGCCCUACAAAAAGAAGGGGCACGGGUGGCACUGUGGUCUAAACCACUGAGCCUCUUGGGCAUGCCGAUCAGAAGGUAGGCGGUCUGAAUCCCCGUGACAGGGUGACCUUCCGUUGCUCAGUCCCAGCUCCUGUCAACCUAGCAGUUUGAAAGCAUGCCAAAAAAAAAGUGCAAGUAGAUAAAUAGGUACUGCUCCGGCAGGAAGGUAAACGGCGUUUCCGUGCGCUGCUCUGGUUUCGGUGUUCUGUUGCACCAGAAGCGGUUUAGUCAUGCUGGCCACAUGACCCGGAAAAACUGUCUGCAGACAAACACUGGCUCCCUCAGCCUGUAAAGCGAGAUGAGCGCCGCAACCCUAGAAUCAUCUGCAACUGGACUUAACUGUCAGGGGUCCUUUAUCUUUACCUUUUAGUCCUACAAAAUAAAUUCCUAACACUGAUUUAUGCUUCAUGAAGCAUCAUAGUAACUUUUUAAAAAAUAUAUACUAUUUUGUUAAAGAUUUUGUGCAAACAAGCAAAAGCAGUUACAGCAGAAUCUCAUACAAAUGAUUUUGUAAAAACACAACUGCAACUUAAAGAAACAAUGCACAGAUGCAGUAAAACAUUUAGUAACAUACAUAAUCUGAUACUGAGCUUCCUAGACAACUCCUCUGGGUUUCUUCUGUCCCUAGUAAACACUAAGAAAUGGUCCUAGUAUCUGUACUGCUGUCAUCUCCAACAACAUUUUGUGUCUCUCCUUAGUAUCUUGAAGAACUUCGGAAGCGUUAUUUGGAGAAGGAGGAUCGUUACAAAAGUAUUGCUUUUGUGAGUGAAAUGCAGAAUGAACUGAAGAAGUUACAGCACCAAAUAGCUUGGGCAAUGGUAAUUUGUUGUUUCAGUACCUAUAUAUGGGUUUAAAUUGUGUGAUAUUUAUUGUGAUGCUUACAUUAAUCUUAAAUUUUAGGUGAGAGACACUGAAAAUGAAGUUGAAACACUCAGAGAUAAUAUUGGUGCUCUAGAAGCGAGAACUGGAAAAUUUGUUGAGAAAGUGAAAGAAUGGCAGGUAUAUAUGCAUUUAUUGCAAAUACUGACUUGAAUUGCUUUGAUUCUCUUGUUAAAGUGAAGCAUUGUUUUUGUUUCUUUAAUGACUUGGGGAGACUAACAGCCAGUUUAAAAAUCUUGCCUGUACACUUUAAAAAAUAGGUUAGUGUGACUGGUGUCUUCUGAGACUGCAUCACAAAAUGUCAGAUCUGUUAAGCAGUCUGCUUUAUUGUCACCUCUCAUCAAAGCCUUAGCCUUCAUGCAAGGAUCACAAGAAGAAAGAACAGAUGCUUCUUGUACAGGUCCACAUGAAUGCCCUCGCAUGAGCUAUUUGGCCAUCUAAUUAAAUGUGUGCUACUUGUGAGCUUUCUCAUAUAAGUAAAUUGCAUUUAGAAGACUGGAGAAGCAAAUAUCUCAGUUUUGAGUUACUUUGAGUUACGUGUCAGCUUUGAUCGGCUUUGCAUAUAAUCUAAUAAAUGAUGAACAAAGAUUUUGUAGAAAAUAAUUCAGUGUUCCUAUUACUGCCCUGUAAUAUUUGGCAUUUGAGCUGAUUUUUUUGUUUACAUGUGUCUUUUAAUGAAGCCAAGUUGAGACAACCAUUUGGUCAAGAGUGGAUACCACGGCCAGGCCGAAGCCAUCAAUAGGUCUACCCAAACCACCUCUGGUUGGCUGCCAUCCCUGGCCAGAACCUAAAGUAUAGCUUGGAUACGAUGCUGCUUAGUUGAUCAGAAAAGGGCAAGAACAUAUUCCUGGUAUUUUUGCCAGGGGCUUCAUCUUGCCCAAGGGGGCUGGGAUGGAUACCCUGGCCCUCUUUUGUGUCAGAAGAGGACUCCAAGAUUGAAUUACUCACAGUGCUAGGCUGCCCAUCCGUUUGUGCUAGGCUCAGCUCUAAGGUUCCCAGUUAAAAUCAGAGGCCUGACAUUAUGUUAAUGAAAUCCAGAAUGAAGUGUUGUCUGGAAAGUAAAAGGUGAUCAUACUUCAUCUGCAAACUGUUGACCCUUUCUCCCGUUCCAAGUCAUGGCUGAUUUGUCUCAACUUCCUUUAGAUCAGUCUCUGCACAUUCACCUAAUUUCCCUGGUAUAAUGAGAUUUCUGAAUGUUUUGUCUUUUCAGACUAAGGUAAAAGAUGCAGAAGGAAAACACAGAACUAUGCAAGAUAAGCUAGAGAAGAUAACGGAAGAAGCUCAGGCAUUAGAACCAUCAUGUGCUGCUUUGAAAGCAGACGUUAUAUCUAAAAGAAGAGCGAAGAAUGAUGCAGAGGUUUGUAGGUGUAAAGUUCAGACUUAGAAGUUCUGUAAGAAUUUGCCACACACUAAUGGUCUAGGCAUACUUUAGUAUUUUGUGCAGAUCUGCACUGAAAUCAAACACACAGAUUCUUUUUAUCAGCAGAGUUGAGUGUCUUGGAUUGUAAAAGGCAUGAAAGCAGAGUAAUGGGUCAAAUGAGUAUAAUUUCAAAAAAAGCAGAAGAAAUAACAGAUCGAAGUUGCUCCUCAUCUAUAAUAUUUUUGUCAAUCUCUGCUGUAAGUUUGUUCCACUCAGUUGUUCACCAGAGUUUUGCUUUCCUUGUUUAAGGCAGCAUAUAAUCGGUCUCAAAAUGAAUUGAAACGCUUGGUUAAAGACCAUGAACAGCUUUGCAAAAAAAUUGAGGAACUGAAGACCAGGUAAUGUUUCAUUUUCUAAAUAUGUUGUAUCAAAAAGAGAAGUGAGUAAACGGGCAUUUUGUUACCCAAAACCACUAUAUAUACAUAUUUAUCUGAAAGAAAUGUAAUGACAAACAAGAAGUUGAAACAUCUCUAUGUUAUCGAUAAUUUCCUAAAAGUUCACUUUAUGUUUAAACAAGACUGACCAAGUUGAAAACAGAGAAGUUGAAAUUUAUUAUAAGCAGCCUUUUUUAUCUCUUGAGUAUAUAUCAGCUUAUUAAACUUAAUUAUAUUAAAUUUAUUUAACUACUUAUUAAACUCCGCUAAAACUGUGCUCUGGUUAUCUCACACUUUGACUACUCCAGUCUUCUAUCUGGCUGCCUUCUCUUCUAUUUUGGAAACUUCAUUGCAAAAUCAUUAAUAUCCAUCUUCAGAUAAUUAUUUUUUGUCAGAAGCCUUUAAUGCCACUUCUGCAUCAUGCAGAAACUCUCCUUAAAUGCUUUUUGCGUCCUUGCUUCAUUAAAGGAAAAAGAAAACCCUUAUGAGGGCCCCCUCACUUAAAGAUGCUAGCUUUUCUUUUUAGAAGUGCCACAAUCACUUGCCCAUUUUGGUUUUCCUUUUCUGGAUUUAAAAUACCCUUUUUGAUAUUGGGUAACUAGUACUUUAGCAUUAUUCCAAAUGCAGCAACACUAUGUGUAUAAUGGUACUAUGAUUUGUCAAUUGGACAAAUCUCCCAGAGAAGCCCUUUAUUAUUAUUAUUCAUAUUAUUACUAUUUUACAACUGCUACUGGACUAUCCACCAGAACCACAAGUUCCAUCAGCAUAGAUGUGAAGCUAGCCCCCGCCCCCCAAACGGCACCUUCCUUUUAUUUACACAGAGUCUCAUUUGCUAUUUUGUUGCCCUUUCAGUCACUUUGGAAAUACCCUUUUGGAGCCCUUUGCUGCUUGGCUUGUAAAGAUCUUUAAAAAUUGGUUACUCCACUGGAAUCUAGAUAAAUGUACAGUGGUGCCCCGCAAGACAAAUGCCUCGCAAGACGGAAAACCCGCUAGACGAAAGGGUUUUCCGUUUUUGAGUUGCUUCGCAGGACGAAUUUCCCUAUGGGCUUGCUUCGCAAGACGAAAAUGUCUUGCGAGUCUUGAGAUUUUUUUCGCUCCCCCCCCUUUUUCUAAGCCGCUAAGCCGCUAAUAGCCUUUUAGCAGCUAAGCCGCUAAGCCUUUAAUAGCCGCUAAACCGCUAAGCCGCUAAUAGGGUUGCUUCGCAAGACGAAAAAAACCGCUAGACGAAGACACUCGCGGAACGGAUUAAUUUCGUCUUGCGAGGCACCACUGUAUAAGCAUCUUAAAUAGCACUGAUCUCUAAUAAAGAUGAGUGUGGGGGGUGGCUGCUUACUUCCCUCCUUUGUGAUAAUUUUCUGUCUCCCCCUCCUUUCUGCUACUUGUUUGUUCAUCGCUUGCUGAUCCAUAAGAGGAUGUGUCAUUUUGUAUGACAGCUAAGUGUACUCUGAAACCUUUGGUGGUAGACUUUAUCAAAUAUAAAUCUGCCCACUUUAUCCCCCUUGCCCUGUUUCCUCUCUCUGUUUUCCCCAUUUUCUAUUUAGAGUGUAUAUUCCUUGCAGGCAGAAAGAUGUCUCUAAGAUGCAAAGAGUGAUGUAUAAAUAAUAAUUAUAUAAUUAAUCUACAGUGCUUUGCUAAAAGCAGGUAGAAAAGCACAUGCUGCUGCCUUUUGUUCAGAGAAUGGUAAAUAACAUAAGUCUCUGUGGGAUUUUAAAAAUCUAUAAAUGCAGCCUUAAAAUCUGUAUUCGUGUUUAUUUUAAAAUGCAAGUGUGAAACUGUGGCUAGCCAGUUUUGAUUAAACUCAAAUGCUGCAUGCAUAAAAGCUGCCCCAAAGGAAAGAUGUAUGUCACAAAAGUAUUCCUCCAGAGCAGCUCUUUAAUAUAAUACUGGUUGGUUUGCAUGAUGUUACAGUGCUGAACAAAUUUCGGAGCCUGAAACGUUGGAAAAACAAGCAAGAAUUGAACGAGCAGCUAAGGAAGAGCAGUUAAGGACACUUCUUGAUCAAGAAGAAUCAAAUGAUAACCAAAUAAAGCAGUUUCAAGAGGCUAUAAAAACAUACAAGGAAGAGGCUGUGAGGCUUAAGUAAGUUUAUGAGAUGUAACUGUCGUUAUUACUUGAUUUGUGUUUUGUGCUAUAAGUUGGGCUUCUGAGCAUUUAUUUUUCUUGCUCUGUGGACCACAGCUAGCACCUUCAUUCAGCUCUCUCCUGUCGGGCAUAUUUGUCUGAGGAGAAGCAUGUAUGUUCAACUCUUUCUUGGUUAGUUUUGGGAAAGGACAAGGGAUCGUUUCAGUUUCAGUUCCCUGUUGUUUUUCUUCAAGGGGUAGAGGUGAUUGCCUUUUUGGUAAAGACAUCUGACAUCCCACUUUGCAAACAAACACAUCUUGUUUUUUUGAAAAAUGAAAAACAAUAAAAGCAGUUAUUUUAUAAGCUUCCUCUGGAGAAGGGCACCCAAGGUACCAAUUUGGAGAAUGUGUUAUUAAAUACAAAUGGCUUGCAGUUUUGCAAACAGCUUCCUGAUGAUUAGUUGGAAUCUUCUUUCUUGUAAAUUGAAGCCAUUGGUUUGGGACCUACUGUCAAGAGCAGGAGAAAGCAAGCUUGCUCCAUCUUCCAUGUGACAGCCCUUUUAGAUAUUUGAAGAUGGCUGUUUCCUCUCAGUUGCUUCUUUUUCAGGCUAAACAUACAGAAAUGAAGCUCCCUUAUUUUGGUCAUUGAAUGUGGCAUGUUGUUUACUUAAUCUUGUUACAGUGAAACCUUGGUUCUCGAACUUAAUCCGUUCUGGGAGUCCAUUUGACUCCCAAAACUGUUUAAAAACUAAGGCGCGGCUUCCGAUUGGUUGCAGGAGCUUCCUGCACUCAAACGGAAGCUGCGUUGGACAUUCAGCUUCCAAAAAACAUUCGCAAACCGGAACACUUACUUCCGGGUUUGCAGCUUUCAGAAGCCGAUUUGUUUGACAACAAAUCAAAGCCAUUCAGGAAGGUAUGACUGUAUAUUAAUAGUAGUCAAAUGUGCUUGUUUGUAUGUUAUUCUGUUUUUGUUUUGCUAUGUUACUAUGAAAUUGUUUAGUAGUGUUUGUUUGAAAUGCAACCCUGUUUCUUUGUUACAAGUCACUUUGAGCUUGUUUCUGUGUGUGGAAAAGUGGCAUACAAAUAAAGUGAAUCAAUGAUUGACUUGGAAGCCCUGCUAAAGCAAUUGUGCCUUAUAAGCAAUCAGGUGGUGUGCAAAAGGCUACCUGUUUCUAUAAAAUGGACUAGGCCGUAAUAAUAAUGCAUGAUAUUUCAGUAGCUUCUUUGUUGUUUUAGGAAGGAAGAAUUGGAACUGACGCAAAUAUUGGAUUCUCAGCAACGACAGCUAAAAGAGUUAAAGGAGAGUAAAACAGAUCAACUGAAAAGGUUUGGACACUAUAUGCCAAAGCUCUGUAAAGCAAUUGAAGAGGCUCACCAGCAGGGGCAGUUUAAAUACAAACCAUUAGGACCCGUAGGUAAUUUAUAAUUCUCCUUGUAAAUAAUUUUUAAACAUUGAAAAGUAGACUAUGGAUACUGCAUCACAAUUUUAAUGGUUCUCAAAUUUGAUCCUGAAAUAGAAAUAGUAAACUUUGUGAUUUCUUGAUGUACGUCCAUGGCUGUGUUCUUCUUCACCAGGAUGAAUAAGGAAGUAAUUUUCUUUAGGUCUUGAGAAAAAUGGUGACAGUGGGAGACUCUUAAAUUCCUAUUCCCCAACUAUUUCACAGUCUUAGCUGUGCUUUUAUAACCCUCUUCAGAUAUUUGCACGAAUCGCCUGCAUACCCCUGCCCCCAUCCCCAGUUUUACACAUUGCAGUUAAUCUGCAAGUUAAUGUACAAGCAGUCCAUAGUUGGUCUAUAAGUAGUUUACUGACCACCAAGUACCGUGCAUAUAUUGAGGAUUUGCAUUUUAAAAACAGACUACCAUGACUUUGUUGUGCUUUUUUUGCGUGCUUCAGUAUUGGGAAUACUUACUCUUGUUUUGUUUUGGGCCACUGUGUGAAAAAGAUUUUGUACUAGGUAGGCCUUUGGUCUUAUUUAACAGGGCCGCACUUGCGUUCUUAGGAGUGGCUGGCCACCUUUGCUUCAUUGUAAAGUGGUUUCAGCCUUGCCAGGAGGUUAUAGCUUGUGGAUUUGCAUUCAUUUUAGUGGAAUAAUCUUAUGGGAAGUUGCUUUUAGAAUAAAAGUUCAAACCUUUUUUGAUAUUUGUUGCGUUCUAUAGAAAGGCAAGAACUUUACACUGAUUAAAAAAUGGAAAAAGCAAGGAUAAGAAAAAAAAAUAUUUGGAAAGUGUAUUGAAGUUUUGAGGUAUUUUAAAAAAAAAAAAUUCAAAAAUUAAACUGUGCCAGUCAUAGGCCAAGAUAAGCAUUGUCUCUACUGGUGGUUUCAAAGGAUUUAAAUCUCCUGCAUGGUAGAAACAUAGUCACAGGCCCAAACUAAAUUUGACAUUAAUGGUUUGCAGGUAUGUAAACCGCACAUUCAUUACAUUUUAAACAGCCAUUGCAUAUGCACAUUCAAUCUCUCUCCCCCUCCCUCCCUGAUUCCCCCUCCCCACAUAAGCUGCUAUUAGUUUUGGAUGUGGAGCUCCAAAACUCCUGCAGUUGCUACUAAACCCCCCAUUAAUGAGCAUUUUAAUUGAUUUGAUGUCUAGUGUGGUGAACUUCUGAAAAUGGAGUUACCUCCAAGCUACCUUUUAUAUUACUAUGGCAUUUUCACAGAAGAGGGGGUGAGAACUUCAGGCUGCGGCGUUCAGAUGGUUUAAUGUUGACAUUACAUACAAUGCUGAGACUUUCUUCUUGCAUUCAGGUGCUUUUAUUCAUCUGAAAGAGCCUGAUUUUGCGCUGGCUAUUGAGACAUGUUUAAAAAGCUUGAUCUCGGGAUUUUGCUGUGAUAAUCAUAAAGAUGAACGAACUUUACAGAUGUUAAUGUCCAGAUUCUGUGAACCUGCUUCUCGUCCUCAAAUCGUUGUUAGUUCUUUCCAAAAUAAGCUUCAUGAUGUAAGCCAAAGGUGAGUGUAUCUGACACGUGGUCUGUGUAAACUGGAAUUUUGAAUUUUCAUUAAGGGUUUAUAGUUAUGCUGCAUUACUGUUGAGGGUCAUUGAUAGAACUAUUGACUUAAUGGUAACUUAUAUAUUUGUUAUUGUCACCCUUAGUUCUAACAAAUAUUAUGGGACAAGAGACCUUCUUUCAGAUAGUAUACAAAUGGUUUCAUUUCCCAGUUCUUUGACAGCAGCCUGUUUGCAGAAUAUCAAAGUGCAGUGUCUAAGGGUGCACACCAUAAGUAUUUUACUAGUAAUUAAACCCACUGAACUCAGUGGAAGUUAUUUUGGAAUAAAUACGCAUAAGAUUGGGCUGUAAGAUUAGUUAUUGGUUAUGUAAAAUUAUUCAUAAUGUUAAUGAACUUGGCUGCUUAUGCUGGUUUGCAGUGGAAUCAGGUACUUCACUCUGAAUUGCUACAUAUCCAAACACUGCUACAGCUUUGAGCUGAUUAAUUAGAAUUCAUCUUGCUGUAUGCAGUGGUGCGCUUCUGUUCAUGGAAGGACAUUUGAGCCAAGUGACGUUUCUGCUAAUGAAAGGCAGAGAAGCCAUUUUUGUUGGUUCCUCCCCCCACCCUUUUCCACCCUGUGGCAUGGGAGGUGGUGUGAGGGGCUUCACAAAACAGGAGGAAUCAGCAAAGGUUUCCAGAGUUCUGCACUGAUUUAAAUACCCCUUUGCAAAUGGAACAACUUCAUCCAUGGGGGGGGGGGGGCAACACACACACAUCAUUUUAGAUAGAUUUUCCAAAUAUUGUCAAUACAUUUAUGCUUCUGAAAAUGUAACUGAAAUGCUCUAUGCCAUCUUUUGUAAGACUGCAAGUGAAGUGACUGCAUUGUAAGAACAUAAAAUAAAAUAGAAAUGCUACCGGGUUGUUUUUUUGUUUUUUGUUUUGUAAUAGGGAAGUUGUUCAUCCUGAAUUCCCAUCAGUCUUGGCUGCGUUAGACAUCGAUAAUGCAGUAAUAGCCAAUUGCUUAAUUGACAUGCGGCGUGUAGAAACAGUCCUGUUAAUCAAAGUAAGAUUUAAUUCUCAUACCUCUAGUGCAUAGAAAGCCUUACUUGAUGUUUCUAUAACAGUUCAGAUAAUUCUGUAUUACCUUGGACCAAAGAUUUUCAACCUUUUUGAGUCCACAGCUCCCUUGACCAACUACAUUCUUUCUGUGGCACCCUUGUGGGGCUCAGAAGCCCAGUUAUGUCACCCCUUGCCUGCAGAGCCGGCAGUCUCUCACGCUUUCUCAAACACCCUCCAUUGUGGAGUGUUCCCUCAACUGUCUCCUUGGGAGUCCUCUGGGCAGCCGCUGCCACUGCUGCCGCCCCUGAUCUCUGAGCUGCCCCCCUGGCCCAAAGAGAGGUGACUCCUCACACUGCCCCACAGGGACCUAGGACUUUCUGUCCAAUCCCAACAGCAAGGGCUGGACUCCCUGGCUUGCUUGCUUACUCUGAGGCCACCUCAGCUCCUGGCAACCAGCACCCCCUGACCAGCCCCAGAGGCACCAGUCACCUCCAGAGUUUGUAGCUAGGGCUGCUGCAACAAACAGUUGUGGAAGCCAUUGGGAGGCAGAGACAUGAGAGGACAUCAGAGGAGGGAGGGAAGGAAAGAGGGAUAGAGGCCAGUGUUGCCUGCAGCACCCCUGACCAUCGUUCAAGGCACCCAAGGGUACCACGGCACACUGGUUGAAAACCACUCACUUAGACCACUCACUGCAUGCUAUUUCUAUAUCACAUGUAACAAAGAAAUAAUUUUAAAUGCCAGGUGUUUCUCAAAUUGACUUGCUGGUUAUGUUAGAGAGAGUGGAAUUUAACAAGAGGUGUGAUUAUUGCAGUGCAUGGGAAAAGCUCGUUGGUUUCUGUCUACAGUUUCAAGAGAGAUUGGCAGCUGAUUUUAUUCAAGGCAGGUAGACUGUAGUAGCCCCACUGUUCUCUCUCUGCAGGGAAGAAAUAUCCAUGAUUCUGAGAGAGGGAAAAUUCUGCUGGGAAAUAUGUCACAUCCCCUAAAGAUGCAUGCAGACAAGACAGCACUCCAGUGUGUGUUAUAGUUGCCCACUGGAUAUUUUAAAGGACAGUUGCUCUGUGACUGACAGGAAGUAGCUUAAUAGUCACAUUAAUUAAUUAGUAUAUUUUAAAGUUGAGACAUCAAGUUCCUUUUUACUCAGCUCUGAAUCCUCCAGUCUCAGAGGAGAAAGUUUUUGUUAUCCAUGUUUUCUCCCCUAGAGUAAUGAGGAAGCUCGUAGAAUUAUGCAUCAAAACAAUCUUCCGAGAAAUUGUAGAGAAGCUUUCACUCGUGAUGGUGAUCAGGUGUUCUCAAGACAGUAUUAUUCUUGUGAAUAUAAAAGGCCCCGCAUCCUCAGCAAAGAUGUGGAGGCAGACAUAAGGUGAGCAUCAGUUACUUACCAGCUUUCAAUUCUUGUGCUCUGUUGUUUUAGAAUUUCUGUGUACAUUUGUUAACAAUACUUUGUUUCUUUAAGUCACUUGGAGAAAGAAGUUGGAAACAAAAAAACCCAUCUGUCAGUAAUUCAACAACGUAUACGUUCUACUGAGAAUUCUAUAAGAGAAAACGAACAUUUCCUUAAAACUCAUCGUUGGGACCAAGAACAAUUAAAAGUAAGAGAUACGUAGGAAGAAGCUCCCGUAUUGGAUAAUUAUUCUUAAUUGUUGUUAGUGUUUGAUGUUGACAUGCAGGAGCUUUUUAGAAUAUGAGUAAUCCUUGUUUUUCCUAAUUUCAUGGCAUUAAUUGUUUCAAAAGCAUUGUUUCAAAAGUGUGCUGCUGUUGCGAAAUACCUAGCAUUGCGUGGCAUACCAGUAUAGGGAAAACAAAUGCUUUUGUAAAUUUUAAUUGGCAAUGGGCUUUUAAACAGUAUUUAGGGUUGUGUCUUCACGGUUCAAAAGAACCCUUGGGUUCAACAAACAUCCACUGAGUGCUCUGCAAAAUUUUACAAGUGCUCACCUUUGGCAUGAGUUAUCUAUGCCUCUUAAAUAUUUUGUAGCUGUUAAAUUGCUUUUCUGCUCGUGUUUGCGAAGUCGUUUACUUGGGGGUAGCGAGUGAAAUCGGAUUGGAUUUCAGCUAGCUAAAGUAGAAGCGGGUGGGCCCUUCCAACUGCUGGAGCUGCUGUGCAGUGGAAAGCCAGUAUAAUGCCUCCUAGAGGUUACCUGCACAUUUUGCUUCAUAACUUUUUCUUGGAGGGACUAGAGACAAUUUUAAAACAAUGAAAGCUCAGAAUCGGGGGGGGGGAGGGGCUUCUGCCAAGGGGUACCAUCGAUGGGCUUUGUGGGUCCUGGGAUGGCAAGCUCUGGAGUAAGGGUAUAUUGGGUUGUAGCUUAAAUGUCUGUAUUAAAUCCAGUGUGAUCCCCCCCCCAUACCGUUUAUUUUUAUUGUCAUUGCAGAUAAAAGUGAAUGAAAUAAAGCUAAAAAUUAUGGAGCUCGAGAACGUGGAGGAACAGCAGUCAGUCAUCAUCUCUACAUUAGUAAGAAUUGCGCACUUUCUACCUUUCUAAGUAUUUAUAUAUCAUAGAGGUGUUUGUGCUAGUGGCAGAGAGCAUAUUUUGUUAUACUGAUCAAUAAGAAUUCUAAGGAUUCAACUUAUUUCUUUUUUUUUAAGAUGAGCAAGAAAUGGGUUAAUUUGAAGUGGUUAUAAUUCAACCAAAGAGGGGUGCUGGGUAGCUUAAAGACUAACAGCUUUGUUGUAGCACAAGCUUAAGCCACAAUAAACCUACUAGUGUUUAAGACUCUAGUAGUAUAAUCCUAUGCAUAGUUAAAAGCUCCCAUUUCCGAGCCAGUGCAGACACACGGGCAGGAGAAGAGUGAGCUUUUUCUUUUGAGGAACUCCUCACUUAUUGAACAGGAGUCUCAGUUAAAAGUUUCUUAACAGGGACUCAUCUCCCUCUUCCAUUUGGGGCUUGGUUUCAUCGGUAUGCUGAUGCUGCCCAUCUGCUUCUCUAUAACAUCUAAAUCAAUUAUGAUCUUGGACCAGCAUGGCUGGAUGCAGAGGUGGGCUGGAUGAGGGCCAAUAAACUGAAGCUAAAUCCUAGUAAGGCAGAGUCCCUGUAGGUAAGUGAUUCUUAGAUCUGGGAAACUGGUGAACAGCCUCUCCUGCAUGGGAUUGCCCUCCUCAUGAAGGAACAGGUACUUGCCAGAAGGUCUCCUGUAUCCAUUGUUGUCACUGGAGGCUCAGGUAGCUGUAGUGAUUAGGAGUGUCUUUCUCCAACUUCUGCUGGUUUCCUAGCUAUGAUCAUUCCUGGAAAGGGAGUAGCUUGGUCAUAGGGAACUGUGCAUUAGUAACCCUUAGACUGGAUUACCGCAGAGUGCUCCAUUAUUAUGGUGGUUCAGAAGCAACAACUAAGGCAGAACGCAGUGUCAAGAUUUGAGGUUUUGUUGUUAAACUGUAAAGCAAUUUAGGACCAACUUACCUGAGAGAGCUCCUCCUCUCAUAUACAAAUGUCUACUUACCAUCAUUGCCAGGUGAGGUUCUCACAGCCAUCAGAAGUGCAUCUUACAGCCACCUGGGAGAGAGCUUUUACAGUGAUAGCAAAUGUUGUUGUUGUUUAGUCGUGUCCGACUCUUCGUGACCCCAUGGACCAGAGCACGCCAGGCACUCCUAUCUUCCACUGCCUCCCGCAGUUUGGUCAGACUCAUGUUUGUAGCUUCGAGAACACUGUCCAGUCAUCUCGUUCUCUGUCGUCCCCUUCUCCUUGUGCCCUCAAUCUUUCCCAACGUCAGGGUCUUUUCCAGGGAGUCUUCUCUUCUCAUGAGGUGGCCAAAGUAUUGGAGCAUCAGCUUCAGGAUCUGUCCUUCCAGUGAGCACUCAAGGCUGGUUUCCUUAAGAAUGGAUACGUUUGAUCUUUGUGCAGUCCAUGGGACUCUCAAGAGUCUCCUCCAGCACCACAGUUCAAAAGCAUCAAUUCUUCGGCGAUCAGCCUUUUUUAUGGUCCAGCUCUCACUUCCAUACAUCACUACUGGGAAAACCAUGGCUUUUACUAUACGGACCUUUGUUGGCAAGGUGAUGUCUCUGCUUUUUAAGAUGUUGUCUAGGUUUGCCAUUGCCUUUCUCCCAAGGAGCAGGCGUCUUUUAAUUUCAUGACUGCUGUCACCAUCUGCAGUGAUCAUGGAGCCCAAGAAAGUAAAAUCUCUCACUGCCUCCGUUUCUUCCCCUUCUAUUUGCCAGGAGGUGAUGGGACCAGUGGCCAUGAUCUUCGUUUUUGAUGUUGAGCUUCAGACCAUAUUUUGCGCUCUCCUCUUUCACCCUCAUUAAAAGGUUCUUUAAUUCCUCCUCACUUUCUGCCAUCAAGGUUGUGUCAUCUGCAUAUCUGAGGUUGUUGAUAUUUCUUCCGGCAAUCUUAAUUCCGGCUUGGGAUUCAUCCAGCCCAGCCUUUCGCAUGAUGAAUUCUGCAUAUAAGUUAAAUGAGCAGGGAGACAAUAUACAGCCUUGUCGUACUCCUUUCCCAAUUUUGAACCAAUCAGUUAUUCCAUAUCCAGUUCUAACUGUAGCUUCUUGUCCCACAUAGAGAUUUCUCAGGAGACAGAUGAGGUGAUCAGGCACUCCCAUUUCUUUAAGAACUUGCCAUAGUUUGCUGUGAUCGACACAGUCAAAGGCUUUUGCAUAGUCAAUGAAGCAGAAGUAGAUGUCUUUCUGGAACUCUCUAGCUUUCUCUAUAAUCCAGCGCAUGUUUGCAAUUUGGUCUCUGGUUCCUCUGCCCCUUCAAAAUCCAGCUUGCACUUCUGGGAGUUCUCAGUCCACAUACUGCUUAAGCCUUCCUUGUAGAAUUUUAAGCAUAACCUUGCUAGCGUGUGAAAUGAGUGCAAUUGUGCAGUAGUUGGAGCAUUCUUUGGCACUUCCCUUCUUUGGGAUUGGGAUGUAGACUGAUCUUCUCCAAUCCUCUGGCCACUGCUGAGUUUUCCAAAUUUGCUGGCAUAUAGAGUGUAGCACUUUAACAGCAUCAUCUUUUAAAAUUUUAAAUAGUUCAGCUGGAAUACCAUCACUUCCACUGGCCUUGUUAUUAGCAGUGCUUUCUAAGGCCCAUUUGACUUCACUCUCCAGGAUGUCUGGCUCAAGGUCAGCAACCAUACUACCUGGGGUAUACGAGGCAUCCAUUUCUUUCUGGUAUAGUUCCUCUGUGUAUUCUUGCCACCUCUUCUUGAUGCCUUCUGCUUCUGUUAGGUCCUUUCCACUUUUGUCUUUUAUUAUGGAAAUCUUUGUACGAAAUGUUCCUUUCAUAUCUCCAAUUUUCUUGAACAGAUCUCUGGUUUUUCCCAUUCUAUUGUUUUCCUCUAUUUCUUUGCAUUGCUCGUUUAAGAAGGCCUUCUUGUCUCUCCUUGCUAUUUUUGGAAAUCUGCAUUCAAUUUCCUGUAUCUUUCACUAUCUCCCUCGCAUUUUGCUUGCCUUCUCUCCCCCACUAUUUGUAAGGCCUCGUUGGACAGCCACUUUGCUUUCUUGCAUUUCCUUUUCAUUGGGAUGGUUUUAGAUGCUGCCUCCUAUAUAAUGUUACGAGCCUCCAUCCAUAGUUCUUCAGGCACUCUGUCCACCAAAUCUAAAUCCUUAAACCUGUUCCUCACUUCCACUGUGUAUUCAUAAGGGAUUUGACUUAGAUUAUAUCUUACCAGCCCAGUGGUUUUUCCUACUUUCUUCAGUUUAAGCUUGAAUUUUGCUAUAAGAAGCUGAUGAUCUGAGCCACAGUCAGCUCCAGGUCUUGUUUUUGCUGACUGUAUAGAGCUUCUCCAUCUUUGGCUGCAGAGAAUAUAAUCAAUCUGAUUUCGAUGCUGCCCAUCUGGUGAUGUCCAUGUGUAGAGUCGUCUCUUGUGUUGUUGGAAAAGAGUGUUUGUGAUGACCAGCUUGUUCUCUUGGCAGAACUCUUUGCCCUGCUUCGUUUUGAACUCCAAGGCCAAACUUGCCAGUUGUUCCUUUUAUCUCUUGACUCCCUACUUUAGCAUUACAAUCCCCUAUAAUGAGAAGAACGUCCUUCUUUGGUGUCAUUUCUAUAUGGUGUUGUAAGUCUUCAUAGAAUUGGUCAAUUUCAGUUUCUUCAGCAGCAGUAGUUGGUGCAUAAACUUGAUUACUGUGAUGUUAAAAGGUCUGCCUUAGAUUCGUAUUGAGAUCAUUCUAUCAUUUUUGAGAUUGCAUCCCAGUACAGCUUUUGCCACUCUUUUGUUGACUAUGAGGGCCACUCCAUUUCUUUUAUGGGAUUCUUGCCCACAGUAGUAGAUGUGAUGGUCAUCCGAACUGAAUUCGCCCAUUCCCGUCCAUUUUAGUUCACUGAUGCCCAGGAUGUCAAUAUUUAUUCUUGCCAUCUCACUUUUGACCACAUCCAACUUACCCAGGUUCAUGGUUCUUACAUUCCAGGUUCCUAUGCAAUAUUUUUCUUUACAGCAUUGGACUUUCCUUUCGCUUUCCUUUCGUGAUAGCAAAUACCAUGUGUGAAAUAGUCUCCCCUCAUGCAUCUGGCAUGCAUCAAUAACACCCCCCCCGGUCACAUGCUAAAAACACAUUAGUUCACACAGGCAUUCUAUGACCUUUGUUUGUACUCCUGCCUAAAUAGAUACUGUAUUGCUCAAAUUUCUUGUAAUGUAUUUUUAUACUGUUUCGCUGCUUUGUAAUCUUACUCUCAGGGUUUUGCUUUGAAUGUUUUAAAAUACAAAAUGAUUUAUAAGUGUCCUCAAAUAAAUUAAAUGGAUUGGGGCCCAGUUUAAUUAUUAGUAAUUGAAAUUAGCUUAACCGUAACCUGGAAAUAUUUCUAACAGGAAGAAGAAGCUCAAGAUAACAAGAGGAAGAUGGAAACUGUAGAGGAGCACAUGCAUCAACAGAAAAAGAAAAUGGAAGAUGCGAAAUGUAUUCUAAAAGAGGCAGAACAAAAACUUGAAGUGAUUAGAAACAAAAUCCAUCGAGUAGAAGAAGAAGCUGACCCAGUCCGGGUAAAAAACCACUAAUAUAUUCAUUUUAAAAAUCCUGUGGAGAAUCUGCAGACACUGGGUUACAUCAAGUGGUGUUGCUCAGCCCAAUAGUAAGGGUUCCUUCAGCAGAAUGGGAAAGGAAGCAAUUUUCAGCAUUUCCUCUCCCCCCCCCACUGCUGUGCAACCCCUCUAAAUCUCCAUUGUGCUGAGAUUUGGGGGGCAGCACAGGACUACAGAGGGAGGGGGUAUCAGUGAAAAUUGCUUCUUUCCUCAUUCUAUAUCAGGUAUACAAUUACCAUCAGCUGAGUAACACUGUUGGAUACAACGUGUCACAAAUGCAUGGCAUCAGACUCAAGGAAUUUUAACAAAAAGUGAAUUUUUCAAUUGAGAUUAAAGAGAUGGCAUUUCUAGAAGUUGUGAAGCUGUAAAAAUACCCCACAAAAUCAAAAUAUAUGAAAUACAUUUCUUAUCAAAUCUAAACAUUUUACUUUUUUAGCACCAUAAAAUGCACCACAUAUAACAUUUUCUUUCUGACUCCUGUGUAAUUUAAAGGCUUGCUACACACUAAACUGAGUUGAUACCAAACUGGUAUUAUCUGAUUUAUUUUGACUUUAUGUAUAAUACUGAAAACAAUUGUUCUUAACUGAUAAUAAUAAUUAUCCUUCAAUUAUAAUUAGCUACAAGAUAAGUACGAUAAUAUAGUUUUGUUUAUAUGUUAUCCAGUUUCACUGUACUUUGCCAUAUUGGGUACGCAAGUACAGUGGUACCUCGGGUUACAUACGCUUCAGGUUACAUACGCUUCAGGUUACAGACUCCGCUAACCCAGAAGUAGUGUUUCAGGUUAAGAACUUUGCUUCAGGAUGAGAACAGAAAUCGUGCUCUGGCAGCGCAGCAGCAGCAGGAGGCCCCAUUAGCUAAAGUGGUGCUUCAGGUUAAGAAUAGUUUCAGGUUAAGUACAGACCUCCGGAACGAAUUAAGUACUUAACCUGAGGUACCCCUGUAUGCUGUCUUAAACUGAAGUUGAUAAAUUAACACUUUGUAUGCCACUUUCAUCUUACUAAAACUAGUUUACAUUUCAUGUUGAUUUGUUAACAGGAUGGACUGCAUGAGGUGGAUGAAGAACUGGAACGAAGUAAAAGCCAUUUGCGGCAUUAUGAGGAAAAAGAAAAAUCCCAUUUAGGAACUAUAAAAACUCAUAAAAAUGAUCUAGCUACAAAAGAGAAAGAAUUAAUGGUGUGUAUUUAGUUUAAUCUGAUUUAAACCUUUCCUUCUUUUUGCUAGUGAAAUAAAUGUUGAAAAUGUUUGUUACAUUCUCUUACGCACCCUUUCAUUUACUCAUCUCUAUAUUUCUGUGGAGUUAAUUUUAAUUACAAUAGGCUAAAUGAAACAUGGCGAGGGACACGGGUGGCGCUGUGGGUUAAACCACAGAGCCUAGGGCUUGCCGAUCAGAAGGUUGGCGGUUUGAAUCCCCGCGACGGGGUGAGCUCCCGUUGCUCAGUCCCUGCUCCUGCCAACCUAGCAGUUUGAAAGCACGUCAAAGUGCAAGUAGAUAAAUAGCUACCGCUCCGGCGGGAAGGUAAACGGUGUUUCUGUGUGCUGCUCUGGUUUGCCAGAAGUGGCUUAGUCAUGCUGCCCACAUGACCCGGAAGCUGGCUCCCUCGGCCAAUAAAGUGAGAUGAGUGCCGCAACCCCCGAGUCGUCCAUGACUGGACCUAACGGUCAGGGGUCCCUUUACCUUUUUAAUGAAACAUGGCACACGGAAUGUGUUUUGCAGAAUACAUUUCCUGCAUGCUCUCUAUGCAUUUUCCCUUUCAAAUGUCAGAUUUGUGGCUCCCUGAGUGCUUCAGCGUUGGCCUUCGGUCCCCACUGAUGCAAGUAGAGAUCGGUCAGUUGCUAGGCAGUGUUUUGCUUUGGCGGUAUGGAGUUGCUGACUGCGGGAGCUAGUUGUUUUUCAGUUAGGUGUGCUAUGAAAUGGAGUAUUGGUCUGCUGAUUAUUGCUGUCACAGAGGCUCUGAAGCCUUUGUGUUGAAACAGCCCUGUCCUUUUCUCCACUGCCAUCUCUGGGGCUAACGACUUUUUGAGGGCUUUCUUCAGCCUGCACUGGUGACAACAGGAUCUGGGGGGGUUGGGAGAUUAGCUUGAUUGCUAUGUCAGAGAGAAAGAGAGAAUAAGAUUCUGGUAACAGUGGUAACAUAUAAUACCUUAUACACCAGGUACGCCCAACUCCCAAGAGACUGCGAUCUACUCCCAGUAUAAAAAAAACCUGGCAGUGAUCUAUCCAUUGUCAUUAGAGGGGGGACACCAAAGUUGUUGGGAUUUUUUUGGGGGGGGGGGGAAGGCCAGGUUUGUUGUUUUCUGACAGCUAAUGUGGCCCUCAAGAAAGGGAAGGUUCCCCAUCCUUUGGGGAUGAUUCCGGGAUAUUCUUUACAAGGUUACAUUGAUUGCUGAUACACAGCAUGCAAAGCAUUUUGAACACUGCAAAACAUUAUGUAAAAUGUUGGGUAUCAUUUCCUAUUAUACUAGAGUGAUCUACACAUUUUUUUAAAAAAAAAGAAGUGGAAGAAAAAAGCCCCAUUUGCUUGUCAUAUUAAAAUGGAGGGGGAUUUUAUUAACCCUGCUUCUAAGCAAAAUACACAAGAGUUUAAAUCUCUUUUUGUUGUUGCAUUUUAACACUUUAGGAAAUGAUUGCAAAGGCUUCAGAAAUCCAUCCCGAGCGAAUAGAAGUAAAUAGAACAUAUAAGAGUCUUGAUACAGAAAUAAACCGCUUAAAAGAAAAGAUCAAUUCAGAAAGAGAACGUACUGGAGAUAGAGAAGAAAUAAUCAGGUAAAUGUAAUGGUUCCUUUGGCUGUUCUUUUUGAGGUGGGAUAUUCUUCCUGCUCUUUCCUUAAGACCUAAUCCCGUUUUAGAGCCAUGCAAGCAAACACCUAACCAAUUUUCUGACAGUAAUAGCACUUUUUCUGAUGACUUUUUUCUUCUUUUUUCUGUUGUGAAUCUACCAACAAUCAAUGUUAUUGGUGUGCACAGAUUCCACCAUUAUGAGAGGAACUGGGCAGGCCUCUGCCCAAUUUGAGGCCAGUUCCCCCUUUCUAGCAGGCCCCUUGCAUCCCAUGCCACAUUGCUCAGAAGAGACCCUCACGGCUUCCCCUAGAAAAGUUUGGUGGGACAUAGGUGCCUGCCACAUGGGGAAGGAAGAGGUCAGAGAUUUUCUUGUGAAUUUUGUUAAUUGAACUUAGCAUCCAAGCCACAGUCUUCAACUAAUUGAUCCUUAUUUUGGACACAUUUUAUUGACCUGCAGAGAGCUUCAGGAAGCAAAAGAAAAAUAUCAGACUGCAGAGAGUGAAGUCAAGAAUUUGAAGAAAUUUAUUAAACUGUUGGACGAGGUGAUGGUUGAGAGAUAUAAAAGAUACCUGAAGUUUAGAAGGUUGGUGUGAUGUUAUUUACAUUUACUGACAUACUGCGGGGGUGGGGAGAAACUGUGUUAAUAGAUGUUGAAAAGAACCAGAGUAGCAAAACUAGAAUCCCAAAUUACAGUUUGGUACUUGAACAUCACCUGUUGUUCAGGAUUGGUUUCAACUGGUGAGCCAGCCAGAGCUGGAAGAAAGCAGUUUAUACCUGGGCUUCUAGUGACAGUGCUGGAUUCAGGAGCAUGCUUGGGUAUAUACAUCUCUCUCUCUCUCUGUAUAUAUAUAUAUAUUAUAUCUAUAUUUUUUCAUUUCUUCAAUCUAAAGGUUCCUUACAGUGCGAUGCAAAUAUUACUUCAACUGCUUGUUAAGUCAGCGAUCGUACUCUGGAAAAAUUGAGUUUGACCACAAGAAUGAAAAGCUUUCAAUUACUGUAAGUCAUUUUGGAUUUCCUUAUUAAUUGCUGUGUGCUGUUUGAUAGUUGGUCAAAGGCUUAUCUCAUCAGCAGCUCAUAUAAGUUACUUACCAGCCAAUAUUUCGAAACCACUUUCUUGGUUUAGGGGAGGAAGGUUGACCCUUUAAUCCCAGUUUUUACAAAAUACUGUUUAAAAUAACACAGUUGUUCUUGGAUUACAGAUCUUAAAAGGGGGGGAACCUAAAAGCGGGGAAGAGUAGGGGAAGUGACUUAAUAAUUACGUAACCCGAAAGGCAGAAAUUUAGAAGAAUCACGGACCUAUUUGCAUUGGAGCCCUUAAUUCACAAAAUUCUGUGUCCAAAGGUCAAGCAUUUUCUAUAUUUUUGCCCUCAUCCAUUUACAACAGGACUCCGUAUGUCAUCUUUUGUCUAUUUCCCUACUUUUAAAUUUGAGUUUGCUCAAAUCACUCAACAGAAAAUUUCUCAGCAGUUAUCAAAAAAUAUAGUCAUAUACAGUGCUAUUUUUCUAGAAAAAGAGGUGCUGGAACUCACCAUGAGCGCCUCCCUUGUUCUCUUACAAUGGCAAUGGUGCCCACCUGAGAGGUGCCGGAACUGAGUUCUAGAUGGAAAAAAAGCCCUGGCCAUGACAUGUGACAUUCUGUGCAUACACUGGAUAGCCUCCAUAUCUAAGCUGGCAUUCUAUCUACAUAUCUGUUACUGUUUGAGUUAUUUUACUUGGGAGCUCAGCCUCCUUGCUGCCAAACACUCUCAGCUACUGAGGACUUUCCAGAAACAUUUCCACAAUUGCGUAAUUUUCUGUGCUGUCCCAGCCCUACAAGCGAGACACUCUAUAUCAGGCAUAGGCAAACUGGCCCUCUAGAUGUUUGGGACUACAUUUCCCACCAUCCCUAGCUAACAGGACCAGUGGUCAAGGAUGAUGGGAAUUGUAGUCCCCAAACAUCUGAAGGGCUGAGUGUGCCUAUCCCUGCUCUAUAUAGUUUAACAUGCAUAUAUCUCUGGUUCCACACAAAGCUAAUGGAAAUUCCUUGUAAAGCUAUCUUGGGCACUGUAGCGUAGUUCCCCCUCAAAAGUAUUACAGGGAGGAAAGAUGUUUGUUCUUUUCAGGCACAGUUUUCAAAUGUAUAGAUGGUAUAUACUAUUUAUAUUUUAAGUGUUUUAUAUUGGUUAGCUUAGUCCGAUCAAAAUCAACAAGGCUAAAAUAAGCUGCUCUGCUGCCACUCUUCUGCCAAGCUUAAACAUAUUUUAAAGGCAGUGGCUUGUGCAUUAUUUUAUCUUCAUUAACAUUUUUUACCUAAUGAUUUCCAUUAGUCUGUCAUGCAGACCAUUCUUCAGCUGAAUCUGGCUUGAAUUGAUCAUGGUGUAUUUAUAGAUAAAUACAGUGGUGUCACUUGACAGGGGAAAUAGUUGUGACAGUUAUGACCUCAAGGUGUCCUCAUAAUUCCAAGAAAGACUGGCUAUACUGAAUUAAUUUUACAGAAGAGAGGCUGGAAAUGGCAUGUAUUUCACUUUCUUAGCAUGUUUGUAUAGCACAGCAUCAUUUUUCUGUGGUUGCCCAGUGCUACAAGUUUGGAUGCAAUUUAUGAAGCAUUGUCAAUGAAAACUUGUUUUAUUUUUGGGGACUUGUAACGGUAUUGGCCUGUCACUAGCUUGUUUAGUUACUGCAACUGCUGCAUGUUUGUUUCAUGAAGAGUCUUUUCGUUUUAAGCCGCGCUGAAAUUAGGUCUGAAUACUCUGUUUACACAAAUUCUGUAAUUGAACUUCUUGCUUCAGAUUGAUUUGGUAUUGCUGGCUGUUAGUAGUUUUUUUCACAGUGGAGGAGGCUUCUGUGAGAUAGGUUGUGAUCAGUGAUUCACUUUUUCUGGAAAUGUUUUCUGUGUAAAUUAAGGUAAUUUUCUGAUGCCGUAUAGCAGGUAUGGGGACUCUUUGGCCCUCCAGAUGUUGCUGAACUAUAACUCACUAGCCCCAGUUACAGGUAGGUAGCCGUGUUGGUCUUCCAUAAUCGAAACAAAAUAAAAAAAAAAUAAACAAAUCCUUCCAGUAGCACCUUAGAGACCAACUAAGUUAGUUAUUGGUAUGAGCUUUCAUGUGCAUUCACACUUCUUCAGAUAUCAUUAGCCCCAGUAAGCAUGGCCAAUAGCCAGGGAUUAUGAGAGUUGUAUCAACAUCUGGAGAUCCUCACACCUGCUGUAGAGAGGAAGAUCUAAUUUUAUAUAUAUUUAGUAUAUCUCGCUGUUUGGCUGGUAAUGUAUCACAAAGUUGAAAACCAGGUGUUGCCGAGCCGUAGUCACUAAACAUUGAUGCAUGCAGCUUCCACACCAGCAGACCUCUCGAUCCUGUCAAGUUUUCUUCUUCAUAUUGCUGCUAAGUAUUGACAGGAAGAGAUAAACCUCAGUGCCCCAUAACAUACUGCACCACUGAGAGUUCCUGUCCAGAAUAAAUGGGUGGUGAAGAAGGAUGUGACUGGAAGCAUCCACCAAGAACGAUAAAAUGUAGGAAAAAUCACUGUGUUCCUGGUGUACUUGCAGACUUCAGCCUUCUCUACCUCUUGAGACGGGAACGCGGGUGGUGCUGUGGGUUAAACCACAGAGCCUAGGACUUGCCGAUCAGAAGGUCGGUGGUUUGAAUCCCCGUGACAGGGUGAGCUCCCGUUGUUCGGUCCUGGCUCCUGCCAACCUAGCAGUUCGAAAGCAUGUCAAAGUGCAAGUAGGUAAAUAGGUACCGCUCCGGCGAGAAGGUAAACGGCAUUUCCGUGCGCUGCUCUGGUUUGCCAGAAGCAGCUCAGUCAUCUGGCCACAUGACCUGGAAGCUGUACGCCAGCUCCCUUGGCCAAUAAAGUGAGAUGAGCAUCGCAAUCCUAGAGUCGGCCACGACUGGACCUAAUGGUCAGGGGUCCCUUUACCUUUACCGCUUGAGAAAGAGUCCAAUACCCCAACAGAUGAAUUUAUUCUUUCCAUAAAACAGGGUUGGAGCUUAAAGCCCUGCUAGAUUUGCAUAGUGUACUGCUUAGAAAGCUCUCGAUAACUCAGUUAACUCGCUCUUCAACCCUUUGCUCAUGAGUUUCCAGCUGACACAACUUUCCCCAGUAGUCAGCUUUCCCCCAGCCAGCAUGCUGACCUCCUUUUUAGAAGAAGCUUCUAGAAGUUCCGAUUUCAAAAAUGGAUGGAAGUCACCCAUUGCAGAAUGCCAUCCUUUUCACAAACAGAACCUUCAUAGUAAAGUGUAUUAUUUUGUUUUUUUUACUUUGCGUAAGUAUACACUAAUAUUAGGGAACUCUUUUUUCUUUCGUUAACUUUCUUUUUCAGUUACACUUUUCUCUCUUUAUUUAUUUGAAGGUCCAGCCUGGGGAGGGAAACAAGGCUGCUUUAGAUGACAUGAAAUCUUUAUCUGGAGGUGAACGUUCCUUUUCAACAGUGUGUUUCAUCCUUUCUCUGUGGUCUAUUGCUGAAUCUCCUUUCAGAUGCUUGGACGAAUUUGAUGUCUUUAUGGUACAGUUGGCUGAGUUUACUUAUUCAGAUACUCAUUAGACAGAUCUCCAUAGCUGUUAAUCAGUUAUCAGUUUUUAUUCGGAACAUGAAAGAGAAUAUAUUGUGUUUCUUUUUCUUGUGAUUUUAGGUGCAUAAUAUUCCCUUAAUAGUUCAGUAUCUUAUAUCUAAUUCUUUUUGCAAAAAAAGAAAAAGAAUCCUUAAACUGAGCGUUUUAAGCAUAAAUUGAAAAAUAAAACCAUGAAAUGUUCACGUUGCUCUCUUUGAGAGAUUUAUCAGAGGAAAAGAGUGUAUAGCCCUGAUGCAAUUCGAAAUGGGGAGUAAUUCCAAAAAGAAAGCUAUUUUAAGGACGGCGGGUUUCUUCAUUAUUGCAUAUUAGUCUCACAGAAACACGGGGGAUAGAUUAAGUUGUGACAGUGACUUGUCCAUGGUGAUCUAGUUUUCUUCACAGCUGAGUGGAUCUUUGAACCAAGGUACCCAACACUUUAAAUUAAUUUAUCUGUGAAAUGGGUGAUCUUGGAAUUGGUUUCAAAACCAUCAUGAUUUUACUGUCUGGGCCCUGGUUUAAGAGACAACAUUGUAUUAUUAAAUUUGAAUAAAAUUUAUGUAUUAAAAUAUAUUGAUACAUUGCAAUUUUUGUUUUUAGGACAUGGUUAACAGGCGAAUUGCAAUGGAUAUGAUGCUUAAGAUGGCAGAUUCUCAACGUUACCGGCAGUUUGUUUUGCUCACCCCACAGAAUAUGAGGUGAUCCGCUUUUCAUAUUCAGUAUCCAUUAAGGUUCUUGAGUUUUUAGAAUGUCGGUGGCAGUCAUUUUUAUAUUUACUGUUUGGAUUUUUAAUAAGUCUUCCGUCCUCCCCAUCCCGACCCAUUUUUCUGCCUUGCUACUUCAACAAAAUCAAAUACACAUUUCUGGUUCAUUUUAAUUUGCAUCUCAAAGGCUUAUUGAAUGAGCUGUGUUGUCAACAGGAAUACUAAAACUUAAAUGAAAAGAUAGAAAACAGCUACAUUGAUACUUUAGAAACUUCUAUGAUGGAAAUAGCUUUAAUCAGAAAAUAAACGGAAGCCAAAAGACAAGACUAUAGAAAAGUGAGGCAUAAAAUCAGAUGCAUAUAUAAAUUAAAAAGUGGCGGUGAAUUGCAACAUUUUCCUUUCCCUGAAGCUUCCAUCAGCUGUGUAAGUUUUAAAGAGAAAUACCCAGCAGCUUUGAGAGUUCAGAGAAUAUGGCAGAUUGUCUGUUGGUUGAGCUGCGGACACCUGGCUGCAACUUCUCCUGUUUGGAGCUGGUCUGUACUCUUUCCCCUAAACAGGAAACCAUAUUCUCCUCUUUCUUCCUCUUCUUCCAAAAUGUACCUUGCUUAGCAGCAGUAGUAAAGAGGUUCACUGGGUUUCUAGGAUGCUCAUCAGAAGCUAGCUAGUACUCAAGCCCCUGUUUCUGAAUUUCUUCUCCCAGACAAGGCCAUUGCAUUAGAGGCUGCAGGAAUUAAUGAGGAUCCUUUUCUCCCCACCAUUAAGUCUGGGAGGGAGCAAAAAACUAUUAUCCAGCCUGAUCGCAAGAUCACAGGAAGUAACCUAACUGGGAUAUCUAAGGCUUCUGCAGUAAACCAGUGUAGGUGCUAAACUCUCCGGAACAGAAACAUUGGUAUUCGUUUCUCCUUAAUGGUGGAUGGUGGAGUGGGGUGGACCACUUAAGAUCCACUGGAUAAAUUCGUCUGAAACAAAUACCGUCAAAGGCUCUAACCAGAGCAAAUUUCUGCUUCUUCAGUGGAUAAGACAUCAUAUUGCAAUCAGCAUAUGCUCAGCUGAGCUGCCUCUGUCUGCUCUCCCACUGUUAGGAACUCUCCAUUCCAUGGGGCUGGCAAUCCCUUUUUGGGUUACAAAAUCAGCUGGCUCUUCUGGGUGGCCACCUCCCUAGAGACUGCGCUCUACUCAUGGAGUUAAAGACUGGCAGUGAUCUACCCCCUUUUGGGGGGUUCAGGUCUAAUUUUUUUAUGAAGAAAAAAGACCCUUUUUUGGGGUGCAGGGCAAAAAUGUUGAGGUUUUUUUUUAGGAGUGCCAAGCUUGUUGAGCUUCUUUGGGGGGAGCCAGUGAUCUACCAGUAAGUCACGAUCUACUUGUUUGGCCUGCCUGUUAGAACUUGUUGCAUUUUCAAAUGCUACCCAUAUAGAGGGACAGCAAAUUACCAAGCGCUGCCUCUAUCUAAAGUAUCUCUCACAGAUGUUUGUCUUCAUUAAAUGGCAUAUUCAAAACUAAGAAUUUCCAUGAUACAAGUGAAAGAAUCAUGCUUGAGUGCGCUGCUAUUAACUUGCCCUUAUGAUUUGUAUUUAGCACCUUGCCCACGAGUCGUCUCAUUCGAAUCCUUCGAAUGCAAGACCCCGAGAGGGGACAGAACAAGCUGACUUUCCGUCGUAGAGGUGAUGAAGAUGAGGAUGAAGAAUGAGUGCCUUAAUCAUGUACAUUGCUCUUUAUCAGCUUGCUUUAUGUUACAUUUGUAGGAAUUUAAGAUCUCAGUUCAGCGUGUGCUCAUGCCCUGCUGAAAUCAAUGAGACUCGUGCCUUUAAUUAUGUCCGUAAGAUGCAUUUGUGAGCUUGUGCCUUUUGUUCUUACUGCAGCUUGCAACACCCAGCAUCAAAAGUAGAGUUUAUACUUGGGAGCAUCAAAAAGCAUUUUGGCGAUGGAAAUGCUGCAAUAUACAUGCCAUCUCUUGUACAUCUGGCUCCUCCGCAUUGCAGUCACUUUUUGUUAGAAUAGAAAUAGAUUACUUGGGGAACGACAGACAUGGUACUAUUAUUUUUGCUCUUUUUUACAAAAUAAAAGUUUGAGAGCGAGUGCGGUGUGAACGCCUUGUAUGUUUUUCCUGGCACUAAGAAGUGUUCCCUGUUGCUAUUAGACGGCACCGUCUGUGUUGUGGAGAUCCCACAAUACUGAUUUUAAACACAGUUGGGACCAGCAGGACAUGAUAAGCAUAAGGUGGUCAGGGGUGACUGCAUCUGUAAUUUUGUGUUGCGCUGUGAAACACGCCCCUCCCCCCAAAUAGCAGAUAGUUUGUGAUUGAUGCCCCCAGCACUCUCAAAAUUCAAAAUGUCCAGAGGUUGGCUUGGUGACUUUUGGAUUAGACAGCUUCUUGAACACAGAGGAACUGAAUGUUUUGUCCAAUUUCUAGUUCAGUUGCCUUAACCAUCAAAUUUUGCAGCAUAGAUUCCUUAAGAAAUGCUAUUCUUCAGGGCUUCAUAAAACAAUACAUUUUAUGAAUAUUUCACCCAUGUCUGAAAUUUUCAUUACUGAAAGAAAGAUACCGUCUUGAUCCUAUCAAAUUCUUCUUUUGCUUUAAGGAAAGCUGAUCUUAAUUUCUCACUUCUAUCCUUGAUGAAAUUUAUAAUCUGGUAUUCUCUGCCCUACCCCCACAAAAGUUUUGCACUACUUAUAAAAACAGGAUUUUUAGCUUAAAAACCAGUUUUGAGGAGGAUUGUAUAUCUUAAAAGUCUCAAAUUGACAACAUGAUACGUUUAACAGAUUCUGGGAGAAGAAAUGGGGGCAAGCAGGUCACCAGAUCUCGAUGGGUUGUCAGCCGAGUAUUAUAAAAUUUAGCUGCGUUUAAGACUGAUUGAUAGAAGAAUUCCUAAAUCAUGAAAGCUCAUCUGUCCUCUGAGUGAUGUUACGGCAUUUAAUUUAGUCACAAAUAAUCUGGAAGCAAGUGAGCAGCAGCGUGGCCCAGCUUGCAGAAAGCAACCAAUUAUUCAGGAUGCUAAGAAUCCAAGCAGAUUGCCAGAAGCUCCAAGCUGACCUAAAGCACAAAUUUUAUGCUGGGGAAUUAAGAAAGGAACGGGACAAAACUGCCAGGAUAAUGCUUUUGUAUAAAUCCAUGGUGUAGCAUAUCUGGAAUAAAGUGCAACUCUGACCACAUGGGUAUCGGCUGUCACAGCUAAAUGAAAGCUUUUUGUAAACUGCUUUGUAAAAAAAGCAAAACUCAAGUCGAGUGGUGUAUAAAUUUUAUGAAAUAAAUAAAUAACUAAACAAAUCAGGACUGGUGAUGGGAGUUGUAUUCCAACAGCAUAUGGAGGGCUGCUGUUUUUGUUGGGUAAUGUGAUGGUGGCAAUGUUUCUGCUGGGUGAUGUGAGAGGAUGGUGAUGGCUGAACAUGAUGCUAAAGGCUGUGAUGACACUUCAAAAAUAGGUUGUGGUGAAGCGCCGAGACUCUAGCUGCAUGGGAACUUGAAUGUGUUAGGGGCUUUGUACAAUCUGUCAACUUAAAAUCCAGUCUCUCCCCUAAGCCCUUUGAUGUUUUUGUGGCUCAGGGAUAACUGCUACUUCAUAUGAACCAGCUGUUUAAUCAAAAAGUUUCCUCCCUGGUGCGCCACUUUUGAGUUUUCCAGAAAAACUUGCUUUAUUGACACAUGCUCCUGCUAAUUUCCACAAUAAAGCAGCAAAAGUCCCCCUUUGCUGCUUUAGGCAGAAUCUUCCUCAACCUGAUUUCUGUUCCUUUCUGCCAGGAUAAGGCUCCAAACGCAUGAAGGUUGGCAGUAUUUUCGCCAAGACAGUACGGGCAAGUGGCAUUUGUUGUAAUAGCAAACGUUUGAGUCUAUUGAAGGUUGUGUUCGUUCUCUGAUUAUUCUGACUUUUUUCCUUCAUGGCGUGAAUUUAUUCCCAUGGCAUUUUAAGGAUUUAAAUUAUCUACUGCCGCAGGCCACAUCUUUAAAUUAUCUGCUGCUGGCAGCCAUUGUGAACCCUGCUUGAAACUCUGGAAGCGUGGUCUAUUUUAAUUCAGAAGGAUUUGUUCCAUUGGUAGCAAUUUGAAGGCAUUUGUUGAUAAUAUUAAGUGCAUGGCAUAGUUCUUGCACACUGCUUUUAUUUAGGGCAAUUUUGACAGGUACAAUCUCUGGAAAGAAUUGCAGACAAGUGAUAAAAUGUUUUACUUCAUAAUAGUUGUACUUUGUUCAGUCACUUACUGGAAUGGAUUUGGGGUGGGCACGAGGAUCCCUUCCCUAAAAUUGCCCGGUUGUAACUCACAGAUUCCUUUUACAGCUUUAAAUCUGCAGCUGGGAGAGAAGGUAAUUGCAGCUUCUUCUGCCCACCCACCUGACAUCUCAUCUGACAGUAACUGGUAA